AUGGAGACUGAAGACUUGUCAUAUGAACAAAAAAAAGAAUUUUCACUAGAAGAAGGUGUAUACAGGCUUAGAAAACAGUUUCUUUUACAAACAGAUUCUUAUCCAGCAGAAAAAUCAAACACAAACCCUUUAUCAAUCAAUAUGGAGCCUAUGCCUAGUAAUAUGGAAGUAAACAUAAUAACAGUAGAAAGUGAUGAUUUCCAGCCAUCUCCAUUGAAAUUUUCAUUGCCAUACAAAUCAGAAUCUACUCAGCACGAAUCACCAUUGAAGGACCAAACAGUUAAAUCUACAUCAGAAAACACAGAUAGUAAAGAUACAAUGGAAUCUCAUUCAGAAAAAAAAGAUGUGUCUGAUGACGAUUUUUUAUCCGAAAAUCUAUUUCAUGACUUAGCAUCUUUUACACAAAACACUGAUGUCGAAGAACUUCUACCUAACCCAUCCUAUAUGCAAAAUUCAAACAUUUUGAGAAAAAUCAAAAAACCUAAAAAUAGCAUAAUAAAAAAAAACUCGUCGUUCAUCUCGCAAAUAAUUUUACAUGAUAACUUAGCAAAAUUUUUAACUUCUAAAAUAUCUAAGGCUAUAUAUAUUUUUUCAACAGUAGAAAAAGAAUUUAGUUGGAUUACUAUAUCCCCUCAAACUCAGGAAGAGCUUCUCUCGAAAAUUAUUUUUACCAAAGGAUAUAUUACAUGUCAUGAUGUAAACCAGUUUACAUCUAACACUGAUCAUAUUGAUGUUGUUUUUGGUUUUUCAUCUUCAGAUAUCAUUUGGUUUGAUCCAACCAGUAUAAGAUAUACUCGAUUAAAUAAACAUGGAGUCAUCAAUCCAUCAUCUGUAAACUGUAUUAAAUGGAUACCUGGCUCUAAAAACCUUUUUAUGGCAGCUCAUAAUAAUGGAGCGCUAGUUAUAUAUCAUAAAGAAAGAGAGAAAUUCAAUUUUAUACCAAAAGAUGAUAGUUCUACAAAUACAUCUGAUUCUAUUAAAUUUAAAAUACAUGUAUCAUUAUUAAAUUCUAAAAACCAGAAAUGUAAUCCAGUUUCAUAUUGGGAAUUACCUAAUCAAUCUCCAACUUCUUUUUCAUUUUCUCCACUCUCUUGUCAUGUUGCUGUAGUGUUUUCAGAUGGCACAUUAAAAAUAAUAGAUUAUAAAAAUGAAAGGCUUUUAGAUAUUUAUCAUAGCUGGUUUGGUGGAUUGAUAUGCGUCUGUUGGUCUUAUGAUGAACAAUAUAUAUUAACAGGUGGAGAAGAUGAUUUAAUAACUAUAUGGUCAUUUUCGAAUAAAACAAUUGUUGCUCGUUGCCAAGGACAUCAUUCCUGGGUAACAGGUGUUGCAUUCGAUCCAUGGAAAUGUAGCAAGAAUUACUACAGAUUUGGUAGCGUUGGUGCAGACUGUCAACUAUUAUUAUGGGAUUUCAAUGUAGAGGCUUUAAAUUUGCCUAAAAGUAUGAAAAACGAUUCAUUUCUUCAAAAUAACGUUUCCUCUUCUAAAACACUUUCUAAAAAUCAUAAUAUAGAAAAAAAUAAUGAAAAUAAACAAUUCGAACCAGUUGACCAUCCUUCAAUACCACAUGCAUCAGUAUCAAUCCUUUCUCCUAUUACGUCUGAGGUACUACAUAAUCAAUGGCUAAAUGGAAUAAAAUUUUUCAAAAAAUCUAUUAUUGUUUCAGGGAAAAAAGAUCAUAUUCAAAUUUGGGAUCGACCAUAA